AUGAUUCCCCCUUGCGAUCCCUCUAUUCUAGAACAAAACCCGCAAUUCAAACGACUCUAUGAGAAUAUAACGACGAACCUGCUGAACCCAGAUGGCUCGACUCGCGCCCACACCGCUGAUCCAGCGCGUAGGGCUGUUGUGGAUGACUUGAAACAAUGUCAACUCCGAAGCGCAAAGAAGAGAAUUAAGGAGCACACCCUCAAGCAACUAGCUUUUACAUCGGACAGCGGACUCCCCGACGAGUGUCGCGAUACCCUCGCCCUGAUAGCGAUAUACCUCGAAACACCACGCUCCGCAAUAGACCCAGACGCACCCCAAGAUGCCCAAUCAUCACCACAAACCCCCGACGAAACCCUCACCCUCCUCGCACCAAUAAUCUCCUCCUUCUACACCCACAUCCCGGCCUUAAUAACACCCUUCUCAACGCUCCUCUCAAAUACACUUGCAACCCUCCGCGCCCUCUCCGCAACACCAGACACAGAUCCAACGCAAACACUCCCCGCCCCUCCGGCAACAAACCACCAAUCCCGCGCCAGAGCUCGAGAUCGCCGCGUGCGUACUUCGCUAGCACCCGCCCCACCUCUAGCGGCGCAGCUCCGUAAACGAGUUGAUGCCCUGCGCAGUACACAACUCUCCGAGCUCCCGGCUGCGCGUAGGGAUAUGGCCGCGACAGCGGCGCAGCUGAUGAGUGUGCGGGCCGCGGUGCUGGAGCGCAUGGUCGUUGUACUAGAGAGGGCGAAGCACGGGCUCUCGCGAGGGCUGUUAAAGCGCGCGCUGAGCACCUGGCUAUCGUUGCGCAGGGCAUUGAAGGGAAAGUGGAGUACAGUGACUAAACUUGAGAUUGCGGCGGCGCUGUAUACGCCUGAGACGUUGGAUGCGUUGGAGAGGUAUAAAGUGCAUUUGAUGGAUACAAGGGCUCGGCUUGAGGAGAGGAGGGUUGUCGCUGCUGAGGAGUUGAAGCGGUAUGAUGUUGAAGGAUUGGGUGGCUCUGGAGAUGGAGGGGCUUUGGUGGAGAUUGCGAGUCGGUAUGGUGAUUUGGUGAGGGAGGUUGAGAAUGUACGCUUGGAGAUUGCGAGGCUAGGGGAGUAG